GUGAUGUCCAGCGCGUGUUCUGGAACAGGGGCACCAUCCUUUGCCUUGUUAGCCUUGCUGGGCGAUGACGGUUAUGUGAAGCAAUGUGCUUCCGAAUCCAAUGUGGCGGCUGCCAGGGCUUGGUUCUUAGCCAACCACACGGUCAUGCACUGCUACCGCGACAUGACCUUUGCCAGGCCGGCUGCUACGCGAGUCGUUUGGAUACUUCUCGCCUGCUCAUGA